AUGCGAAUCCUGUCAGAAUUUGUGAAGGCCUGUGACGAUCAAGCUGAUAGGCUCAAGGGUGCCAAGGAAAGCGAACUCUCGGGGGAGCCAACAAGGGCGCCAAUGCAGCGCCUCGUCGGACUGGUGCUCCCCUCUGUGCUGUUCCUAGCAUCCCUGGUGCUUUCCGAGCACGGCCAAAGUGCCAGCCCAAGUGUGCCUGAUGUUUGUGAUGAGGCCCCUUUGCUACAGGCCUCAGUCGAUGACCUGAAAAGAACCAGGACAUCCAGUGAGGGCAACUGCUCUAUGACCUUGGCCGGUUCGGAGAUUUACGUUCUUCGUGCUGUCGGGUUUGCUCGAAUAGAAAUCAUCAGGGAUGGCGACAUUGACUCUGGCACUGUGACCGUCUUGUACGAAACACACGAUGGCACUGCAAAGAACUGGGUUGACUACGUACAGCAGUGGGGCGAGCUCAACUUUUCCCCGGGUGGUCGCUCAGCGCAUGUGGACAUAAAUCUGUACGGACCUGUGACCAUGAACGAAACGGUCCCCAAGUUCUUCUACUUCCAUCUGACGAAGGCUGUCUGUGGCAGCUGCACUGUGUCCCUUGGUAAGUACACAGAAGCCAAAGUGUUCAUUCUGCACAAUGAGGGAGCCAAUGGAGCUCAAGGUUGA